AGUAAUGUAAUCACUGGGCAAGAAUCUAAUAUACCGGAUGAGUCGGUUUCGAUGUACGUCUUUAGAUAUUGCGCUACGGGAUCGCUAAAGAGCGGGGGCGGGGAGCGGCGCUAUCUAGAGCUCGAGAGCUCGAGAGUGAUCCGUUGCAUGCCACGCGCGGAUUCAGUAUCGGACGUUUGCAUGUGGCAUGUGCAUGAUGUGGUGACCACAUCCUGGUGAUUUCUUCCAAUUCUGGCUAGUGUCUACGACAGAUUCGAAAUUCUUUCCUGAAGUUUAUGUAUGGUCGAGGCCAUACAGCUACAGAUACUGAAGAUUAAUGACUAAGUGGACAUUAUAAUCAAACGAGCUUUGCCAGCUACGCCAAAGACAAAGUGAUAAAGGCCAAGGUGGAGGCGUCUGUUGAGUUUUCCUGCGCUGCUCAUAUGAAGACAGUCGGUCGACUUGUAAUCCAUAUCAUCGCGACAUCACCACACCAGACAAAUGGUACAUGUAGCAUUACAAUCCGAUAAUGAAUCUACCUGUGCCUGGCUAUGACUAACCAUUCACUAUGAAACCAAGCUUAGAUGCUCAUUGCGGUCUGAUUGAGUACCAGGAGGAAGAAGGAUAUAACUAGAACUACCAUUUUACCAUACGAUCUUCAACAAUGGCAGCUGAUUUUAUAGCUGGUACUUUAGGAGGCGUGGCAGGUGUUCUUGUUGGGCAUCCAUUCGACACUGUCAAGGUUCGUCUGCAGACACAGAGCAGCACUGCACCCAAGUACUCAGGUGCCUUCAAUUGCUGUAUCAAGAUAGUUCAACAGGAAUCAGUGUUUGGUCUGUUCAAGGGUAUGGCCUCUCCACUUGUAGGACUCACAUUCAUUAACGCACUAUUGUUUGGUGUGCAGGGUAACAUGCAACGGCAGUUUGAUAAACCUUCCCUCCACAGCCACUUCAUAUCCGGAAGUGUCGCUGGAUUUGUGCAAUCCUUUAUAUCUGGUCCAAUGGAACUCGCCAAAAUAAAGGUCCAGAUACAAGGCAAGGAAAGAAAGGGAAAGUACCAUGGAUCAAUCGAUGCCCUUCGGCAGAUCUACAGGAUGGAAGGUGUGCGAGGAUGCUACCGUGGUCUCAUGUUGACCAUAGCAAGAGACACACCUGGUUUAGGGAUUUAUUUCAUGUCCUAUGAGCUGUACUGCAGUGAACUAGCCAAGUUAGAUGCUGAUGGUCAGAUAGGAAUCACAGGAUUGCUGGUCGCUGGGGGUUUAAGCGGAAUGAGCUCAUGGAUUCUCACAUACAGCUUUGAUGUGUUUAAGACUAGGCUUCAAGCGGACGGGUUAGACGGGAAGAACAAGUACAAAGGUAGCAUUGAUGUCAUACGGAAGAGUAUCCGCAAGGAAGGAAUACGAGUAAUUAACAAGGGACUUGGUACAACGCUCCUGAGGGCAUUCCCUACCAAUGCUGCAAUAUUCACCUGCGCAACAUUAUCCCUUGAACUAAUGGGGCAGACAAAUAAUAGUAAUGGAAGACAAGGUUGAUGAUGGGAAUGUAUGUAGGGAAUAGAAAAGAGGUAUAUUUAUUGCUAAUAUUUGUUUAAAUCCACUGUUGUAUGGUUUACUUAUUAUUGAAUGUCUGAUAUUUGUCACCUUGAUCAUAGUAUGUGUACUUGAAUUGCACAAAGAAUAUACGCUACUCUAAAUGAUCAAGAUGAUUAUUGUAUGCCACUGUUACAUGUAGCAUGAUGUUCAAAUGGUAAUCAGUUAAUCCAUCCACAUAAUCAUUGUAGUAAGGUCUGGUGCACAAUGACAUGUUGUUUCCUCAUGCUAGGUACCUGGUACUAAAUGUUUGUACUGAGCAAUACAGGGGUGGCAUAUUAUUUGCAUUCUGGAAUUAGAUUAUUCAAACACUCACACACUACAGAAAUACAGAGAUUGCUGAUGGAGUGUGUUUGUAGAGGUACCAUUGAAUCAGGGCAGAAAUCCUUUAUAUUGAUUAAUAAUAGUGUAAACUUAUAGUGCGCACACACUGUCCAGGGACGCUCAUGACGCUAGCUCAGUAACAGUUCUCUAUUUAAUACAACUUAUACAAGUAAAGCAAAUAAUUAUUUAAUAAUAAAGUUAUUACCAGGGUUUGUAUGUAUUCUUGACAAAGUGGUCCAUUAUACCUUUACUAAAUGUUUACUUGAGUUUCUUUCAACAGUCCAAUUUCAUAUGAAUGUAUUCAAAGGAAUUAUUUUAUGCUUCUGUGCAAUUACUUAUCGAGGAGCGAGAGAAUCCAUUCAGCACAUGUUAAUAAUAUAUUGGUACUUUUAUUCUUCAACAGUCAUAUUGUUUGCUUUAUUGCUAAUUGGUUUGGGAAUCUUUAGAUACGGUACACAAAACAAGAAUAUUUCAAUAAUGACCCUCGUCCAAAGUACAGUGUACAUUUUACAUGUACCUGGUACAUGGAACGAUUGUGGAAUUCUACAUGACAAACACCAUCCUUUGGUCUAAACAGCAUUUGUCCUGGAAGCAUGCAUGAAACUGAGAUACAUAAUGAGGAUAUUUUUUUCCUUUAGUCUUGAAUAAUGAAAAGAAAUUGUAAAAAGAGUUACCUACAUGUAAUGAAAUUUCAUUACUGAGUCAAAUUGUCUAUUUUUUACUUGACAUUUAAGGAUUGAAAGUAGAUUUUUUUUUUUUUUUUUUUGAAAUUUAAAUAUGACAGUCAAUUGGGUGUAUUUGAAUAGUGCCUAUUUAAGAAUAUGAAGACAAUCAUGUGGAACUUCCUGAAUUGUAUCAUGUAGCUGGUAGCAUUCAAUUGGGAAUGAACCAGUGAAAGCUGGUGAAUAUCAUAAAUCUAUGUAAUUUUUUUUUGCUUGUUCACAUUUGGCCACAAUUGUAGUUUUAAUUUAGUUGAAAUUAAUAUAUUUCUUAUAUCAAUAAGAUAUUGAAUUAAGAUUUUCAGGGUGCGAACGUAUUGCAUGUAGUUACAUUUGUUUAGCUUUUUUUCUUGAGCAAAUCAUCAGUUUCCAUCAGAAUUUACUGUACUUAAAGGAAACCUCACCCCAUGAAAUAACUGUAGUUGUUCUGAGAGAUUUAUUAUAUUCCUGCCCACUAAUCUACAAGAUUCCCCACCAAAGUGUAUGAGAGAGGCAUAAAGCAAGAAUAAUGUACAGUUUCUCAGCACUACAUGUGCAUCGCUAUUUUCUUGAUAACGUGACGUACUAUGUAAAGUUGUUUAUCAAGUAAAUGUAUUCAAAUUUAUGGAUGCUUCCUUCCCAGGUGUGUGAUAAUGAAGCAUUGCAUUCACCUGCUGUUAUCUUUUGUACUACAAUUGCCAGAAUGCAAAUUGCGAAUAAGUUUGUGCUCUUCUGGGAUGAACAUUUCUCAUAAAUGAAAAAGACUUGUCAAAUGCUAUGUUUUAGUAUGUUUAAGUGAAUUAGUUAAUAUAUGCUUUUCACCAAAUAUAAUUUCCAUCUUCUCAGCUAUGAUUUUCCCUCUUUGAAAAGUAAAGGUUUUGACAUUUAAAAAGUCUUUCCAACUAAAGCUUGAUGCACAAUACAUGUACAGUGUACAACUUCAACUGGUACAUCGCAUUUUUAAGAAAACGGCUGUGCCCAUGUUGUGCAAAAAUGCAUCACAUCAUGCCAAAAAUAUCUUCAUUAUAUGUACAUUUUCAUAAGGAUUUGUUUAUAUCAAAGGGCAUGAAUGUAUCUCAUUUUCGGAAAACCUACACUUAUUCUUCGGGGUGAGGUUUCCUUUGAUAUCCUCAAAGGUGUAAAAUGCAUUGUAUAAAGUAUUUGGUUGUGUGCAUUGUAAAUGUUCAUUUUUGCAUUACAUGCUCAUUUUCUUUCUAAAUGAGAGAUAAAUAUAUUUUGUGAAGACUUGAUAAAAUCUUUAUUUGUUUGCAUAAAAUUAUUGUAAUGCUGCUAUUCCAGAAUGUGAAGGAAAGUUUUUUCAGGAAUAUCAAACAUGGGCAUUAGACAAGUGAUACAUUACUUAUAAUUGUUUCUAUUCUUAUUUCCUAGUUUAUGGUAGAGGUAAGAAUAGUGGUAACAAACUAUUCAUGUUACUUGUAAAUAAAGGGAGUAAAAUUUAUUUACAGGACUUUCUUGUUAUUGUGUGAAUGAAGAGUUUGUUGCAACAAGAGCAGUGUUCCCCACGUCCUCUUUUUAAGGGGGGGGGGGUGGUAUUUGAAACAUUAUGGUAGGCAGGUAAAACAAAACCAAAUCAGUAAGUACCAAAAGGACUCAUUCCUCAUCAGAUAUUUUUUCUCCCUUUAGAAGAUUAACAUCUCAUAUGAAGUAUAAACAUGUACAUGUGCAGCAAGGACAACAAUUUGUGUGGAGUAGUAUAUUCCAUGAAGUAACUAGUUUCUUAUUCAGUUGCUUUGUUUAGUAUUCAAUAUUUCAAAUGUAGUGCCUUUAAAACAAUCAUCAUGUGCUUCUCGGUUCUUUCAGCUUGUUGCAGUUGUCUGGAAUGUUGGGGUUUUUAUUUUAUCUCAUUCUGAAAUGCAAUUAUUGAUUGGUACAUUGUAUAUGCCAUGGUUGGUGGAAGUGCAUUAUUCCAUUUGAAUCCUUAAAGGCAACCAAAUGGUAUAUUUUGGGAUUGCUGAAAUAUAAAUCUACAUGAAUAGAACAAAAUUUACUUCAGAAUUUUUAAUAGUGAUUAGUUUAAAUUAUAUGUAGUAUUAUUUCGCAAUUGGCUAGAAAUGACUUGCAUGUAUUUGAAGUUUUCUUUGUUGUUGAAUUUAUGUAGUCAAGGAUAUGAAAUUCGUAUUGUUCUAUUUGUUAAUGUAAGACAAAAUCUAGAGGGGAAUUGAAUGAAAGAUUAUUGAGUUGCAAUAAGUUGAUUGAUACCUGUCUUUUGUAUUAGUGAAGGAGAAAUUAAUAUCAAGGUACUUGUAGAAAGAAAUCGAGAUGCUGUAUUGAAUUUUGAGUUUUAUGAUAUAUCACUGAAAUGACUUGGAAGAACCCAUUGGUUGCCAGAUUGAAAAGAAAGGAAACAGAGAGUCGGAUGCAUAUUACAUUAAAUCUUUUAUUUCUUAGUGGAUGAAAUGUUGAGGUUAUUUGCCGUCAGCAUUUUCCAGUAUUUAUGAAAACUGGUUCCUUGCCUUGAUGAGCCUUCUUAAACAACUCUAAACUAUCUAAUGCAGUUCAUUAUUGGAAGUCUGAAUUUUAAAAUAAAACAAAUUAACGUCAGAUGUUGUGAGAAAGCAGUAGUAUAACAACAUUUAUGUAGAAAGCAAACAUAUGUAUGAGCCGCAGCUGGAUAGAAGUGAAAUAUUAUCCUGUAAAUUGCAGAGAGAAUAUCAUGGUUUAUAUUACUAAUUCCUGUAUUAAACAUACGUUGACAUGUGGUGUAGCUAAGUAUUCUAUUGGUAUUCUUAGAUGGAGUUUAGUGAUGAUAUUUAUAUUUUUCUUUCCAUUUGUAUUCAAAAUUGUUAUUUGUUGUAAAAGAAAUCACAAUAAGAGAUUACUGAAUUAAUGUGGUCUUGAUAUGGAAUGCUAUGUAAAAGCAAUUAAUAUUUUUUUUCUUCAAAUGGUUUAGGCUGACUAAUUAAUGAUACGGCAGUAACAAAGAAUGAAAAAUAGGUACCGGUAUUUGUUCAAUGUAAUCUGCAUUUAGUUACUGAAUUUCAAUGCAUUCAUUUUCUUCCUCCUUUCUGACAGUAGACCAUGUAAUGCAUGCUAUUUUGUAUUAUAACAGUUGGCCGUUUGUAAGCAAGCAUGUAUGAUGUAUAAAUAGCACCAGUGCUAUGAAAUCUGCAUGCAUAUCACGGAAAGAACUACAUGUAUACAGAAGUGAAAUUGAGUGUACUGAAGUCUCAAAAUGAGCAACAUUUUAACCUCUGAAAUAAUGUUCUUAAAAUGUAAGUGCUUGUCUGAUAUAUAUUAUGCUCAUAGCAUAUCAUGUCUUCCUAUUUUCGAGCCUUUCAGGUUGAAUAAUAAAAUCCGAAAGUGCCAGUAC